AUGGCAUUAAGAUUUCCAAGGUUUAGCCAAGGCUUAGCUCAGGACCCCACUACUCGUCGUAUUUGGUUUGGUAUUGCUACCGCACAUGACUUCGAAAGUCAUGAUGAUAUUACUGAAGAACGUCUUUAUCAGAAUAUUUUUGCUUCUCACUUUGGACAAUUAGCAAUCAUUUUUCUAUGGACUUCCGGAAAUCUGUUUCAUGUAGCGUGGCAAGGAAAUUUUGAGUCAUGGGUACAAGACCCUUUACACGUAAGACCCAUUGCUCAUGCAAUUUGGGAUCCUCAUUUUGGUCAACCGGCUGUGGAAGCUUUUACUCGGGGGGGCGCUCUUGGUCCAGUGAAUAUCGCUUAUUCCGGUGUUUAUCAGUGGUGGUAUACAAUCGGUUUACGCACUAAUGAAGAUCUUUAUACUGGAGCUCUUUUUCUAUUAUUUCUUUCUGUUAUAUCUUUACUAGGGGGUUGGUUACACCUACAACCGAAAUGGAAACCAAGCGUUUCGUGGUUCAAAAAUGCCGAAUCCCGUCUCAACCAUCACUUGUCAGGACUCUUCGGAGUAAGUUCCUUGGCUUGGACAGGGCAUUUAGUUCAUGUCGCUAUUCCUGGAGCCAGGGGAGAGUCCGUCCGAUGGAAUAAUUUCUUAGACGUAUUACCACAUCCGCAAGGAUUAGGUCCACUUUUUACAGGUCAGUGGAAUGUUUAUGCUCAAAACCCCGAUUCAAGCAAUCAUUUAUUUGGUACCUCCCAAGGAUCGGGAACUGCCAUUCUAACCCUUCUUGGGGGAUUUCAUCCACAAACGCAAAGUUUAUGGCUAACUGAUAUUGCUCAUCAUCAUUUAGCUAUUGCAUUUAUUUUUCUUGUUGCUGGUCAUAUGUAUAGAACGAACUUUGGGAUUGGGCACAGUAUGAAAGAUCUUUUAGAAGCACAUACUCCUCCAGGGGGACGAUUGGGACGCGGGCAUAAGGGUCUUUAUGAUACAAUCAACAAUUCGAUUCAUUUUCAAUUAGGACUUGCCUUAGCCUCUUUAGGUGUUAUAACUUCCUUGGUAGCCCAACACAUGUAUUCUUUACCUGCUUAUGCGUUCAUAGCACAAGACUUUACGACUCAAGCUGCGUUAUAUACGCAUCAUCAAUACAUUGCAGGGUUCAUUAUGACAGGAGCUUUUGCUCAUGGAGCUAUAUUUUUCAUUAGAGAUUACAAUCCGGAACAGAAUAAAGAUAAUGUAUUGGCAAGAAUGUUAGACCAUAAAGAAGCUAUCAUAUCCCAUUUAAGUUGGGCCAGUCUCUUUUUAGGGUUCCAUACUUUGGGUCUUUAUGUUCAUAAUGAUGUCAUGCUUGCUUUUGGUACUCCAGAAAAACAAAUUUUGAUCGAACCCAUAUUUGCUCAAUGGAUACAAUCCGCUCAUGGUAAAACUUCGUAUGGGUUCGAUGUACUUUUAUCCGCAACAAGCGGCCCGGCAUUCAAUGCCGGUCGAAGUAUAUGGUUGCCUGGCUGGUUAAAUGCUGUUAAUGAGAAUAGUAAUUCCCUAUUCUUAACAAUAGGGCCUGGAGACUUUUUAGUUCAUCAUGCUAUUGCUCUAGGGUUACAUACAACUACAUUGAUCUUAGUAAAAGGUGCUUUAGAUGCCCGCGGUUCCAAGUUAAUGCCGGAUAAAAAGGAUUUCGGUUAUAGUUUUCCUUGCGAUGGUCCAGGACGAGGCGGUACUUGUGAUAUUUCGGCUUGGGACGCAUUUUAUUUGGCAGUUUUCUGGAUGUUAAAUACCAUCGGAUGGGUUACAUUUUAUUGGCAUUGGAAGCACAUUACAUUAUGGCAGGGCAAUGUUUCACAAUUUAAUGAAUCUUCCACUUAUUUGAUGGGAUGGUUAAGAGAUUAUUUAUGGUUAAACUCUUCACAACUUAUCAAUGGCUAUAAUCCAUUUGGUAUGAAUAGUUUGUCGGUUUGGGCGUGGAUGUUCUUAUUUGGACAUCUUGUUUGGGCUACGGGAUUUAUGUUCUUAAUUUCAUGGCGUGGAUAUUGGCAGGAGUUGAUUGAAACUUUAGCAUGGGCUCAUGAACGCACACCUUUGGCCAAUUUGAUUCGAUGGAGAGAUAAACCGGUGGCUCUUUCCAUUGUACAAGCAAGAUUAGUUGGAUUAGCCCACUUCUCAGUAGGUUAUAUAUUCACAUAUGCGGCUUUCUUGAUUGCCUCUACAUCGGGCAAAUUUGGUUAA